GUUCUGAUGUAACCGCGAACCUGGUUUAAUCUUCAUCAUCAGCUGGGAACACUAGCGCUGAAACCACGGUCAGAACAUCCAUGUGUAGGAUCCACAGAUCCACGGUGACGUCCGUCCGCCUGCAGCGGUGCUGACAGCGGAUACUCACCGGGGGAGUGAGUGUUGUGUUCGGGCACUACAGGACGUACACACCGCGGUGGACACACACGGCCAGCUCACCGUCCACUGGGCUUCACCGUGGGCAGACAUCCAGCUGAGGAACUGCGGACACGUUCAUAGGAGGGAGAUGGACUGCAGGUCAGAGAUGAUGGCACGUGUCUGUGGUUCUGAAAACCCACCUGAGAAACACUGGCUGUCAGCUGCAUAGUAUUCCAGUCUCAUGUGUGAAUAAUAACGAUGACUCCCUGCUGCUUGGAGAGUGAAGCCGACUGAGAGGAGCGCCGCCCCACUUUAACACUCUCAACGCACACCCACACACACACAUAUACACUCAGAAGAAUAACCAUGCUGAUCAAGGAGUAUCGUAUCCCCAUGCCAAUGAGCGUGGAGGAGUACCGCAUUGCUCAGCUCUACAUGAUCCAGAAAAAGAGCAGAGAGGAGAGCUGUGGCGAGGGCAGCGGGGUGGAGAUCCUGGAGAACAGGCCCUACGAGGAUGGCCCCGGAGGCUCGGGCCAGUACACACACAAAGUCUAUCACAUUGGGAAGCACAUCCCGUCGUGGUUCUGUUCCAUCCUGCCUCAGGCCGCUCUGCGAGUGGAGGAGGAGUCCUGGAAUGCCUACCCUUACACACGAACCCGGUAUACUUGUCCCUUUGUGGAGAAAUUCUCUAUUGACAUUGAGACAUAUUAUAAACCAGAUACUGGAAAUCAAGGGGAUGUCUUCAGUCUGUCCUCUGUCGAGAAGAGACAGAGAACUGUUGACCUCAUAGAUAUCGUAAAGGACUACAUCGCUCCUCAUGAGUACCUGGUGGAGGAGGACCCAAAGCUGUAUCAGUCCAUCAAGACCAAACGGGGUCCACUGUCAGACGACUGGAUCGAGGAGAUCAUCCAGAAUCCUUGUGAGAACCAGGUCAUGUGUGCUUACAAGCUCUGCAAAGUGGAGUUCAGAUACUGGGGCAUGCAGUCCAAGAUCGAACGCUUCAUACAUGACGUGGGUCUGCGUAAAGUGAUGGUGCGUGCCCACCGGCAGGCAUGGUGCUGGCAGGACGAAUGGUACGGCCUGACCAUUGAGGACAUCAGGGAGCUGGAGCUGGAGACCCAGCUGGCGUUGGCCAAGAAGAUGGCCCAGUACAGCCUUACCGAGGAAGGGGGAGUGGAGACCAAUGGCUCGUCUGUGAGCCAGGACCAGACAUCCGGAGCUGAGGCCAUGGGGGCAAAAGCAGAGGCAGAUGGAGGGAAAAAUAGGGAUUCCCUGGAGAAUCGAGGAGAACUCACCAAACAGUGGUCAACGUCGUCCAGAUCCUCCAACAGGUCAUCAAAGAGAGGAGGAAGUCCGUCUCAUCAGAGCAUUUCAGAGUGGAGGAUGCAGAGCAUUGCACGGGACUCUGAGGACAGUACAGACGAUGAGUUCUUUGACGCUCAUGAGGACUUCUCUGACAACGAGGAGAUGUUUGCCAAGGAGAUCACCAAGUGGAGCUCAAAUGACCUGAUGGACAAGAUAGAGACAAUAGAGGUGGAUGAAGCACAAGAAGUCUUGUAUCAGGAGUCAGGUGGGGAAUAUGCUGGGAUGAGUAAUGAGGAGACGCAGAUGGAGGAUUGUUCAUCCCAGCAGUGUCUGCAGCCGUCCAAAGUUCACGUCCUAGUCCUGGUCCUGCACGGUGGAAACAUUCUGGACACUGGCUCAGGCGAACAGAGCAGCAAGCAGGGGGAUGUAAACACCCUGAGUGGGGCUUUUGACACCGUGAUGAGGGUCCACUACCCUGCGGCAAUGGGACGCAUCACCAUCCGGAUGGUCCCAUGUCCCGCUGUGUGUGCUGACGCAUUCUCGCUAGUCUCUAACCUGAGCCCCUACAGCUACGAUGAAGGCUGCCUCUCCAGCAGUCAGGACCACAUCCCGCUGGCUGCUCUGCCUCUGUUGGCUACCUCUGCACCACAGUAUCAAGAUGCUGUGGCGACUGUCAUCCUAAGAGCCAAUCAGGUGUACAAUGACUUCAUCAAAUCUUUAGAAGGGACAUCCUUCAAUGGCCAGGUGUGUGUCAUUGGCGACUGUGUUGGGGGAAUCCUGGGAUUCGAUGCUCUGUGCAGCAGCUCAGUGACGGUGAUAGAGAGUCAGAACAGCAGCAGACGAGGCAGCACCAUCAGUGUGCAGGACACAGACCUUCUCUCUCCAGGUAUCAUCAUAAACAGCGUCUCCCCGUCCUCGCCGUCCCUCGAGGGAAGCCGCCACCUCAGCCGCAGCAACAUCGACAUCCCUCGCUGCUCGGGGCCCGACGACCCCAAGAAACAACUGCCACGCAAGCGCAGUGACUCCUCCACGUACGAGCUAGACACCAUCAAACACCACCAAGCCUUCCUGUCCAGUCUUCACUCCAGUGUCCUCUACGCUGAGCCUGGGUCACGGCGAUCCAGCAACAGCACCAUGUUGGAGGGAGGCUCCUUGGGGAAGUUUGACUUCGAGGUGACGGACUUCUUCCUCUUCGGCUCUCCUCUGGGGCUUGUGCUCGCGCUGAGGAAGACUGUGGUGCCCUCGUUAGAUGUGUCAGCCUUGCGUCCAGCCUGUCAGCAGGUUUACAACCUGUUUCACCCGGCCGACCCCUCGGCCUCGCGCCUGGAGCCGCUCCUGGACAAGAGGUUCCACCUGUUGCCUCCCUUUAGUGUUCCACGUUAUCAGCGCUUUCCUCUGGGUGACGGGCACUCUGCUCUCCUGGUGGAGACAGUGCAGAGUAACCCUCAGCUUCUCAUGGAGUCUGCUGCGGCUUCCCAACGUUGCCAGGAAAGUGUCGUCAGUGAGACCACCAUCCCUGUGCCUAUCCUCAACUGGCAAACUUCACAGCUCCACACAGAGAGUCUGGCAAAUCAAAUCUGCAAAGCAGAUGCUCUUCACACACAUAAUUUCGUGGACGGCCAGUAUCCGCCGCCCACGUCACCCGGCGUCCCUCACCUCCGCUGCACGCGCAGGGCCAGCGAGGCCAGCAUAGCGAGUCAGGUGUCAGGCUUAGCCGACGCGUACACCGCCUCCAACAUCGCCACGAUUGCCUCUCGGUGGUGGGGCAGUAAGAGGACAGACUAUGCUCUGUACUGUCCUGACGCCCUGACAGCGUUUCCAACGGUCGCUCUGCCUCAUCUCUUCCACGCCUCCUACUGGGAAUCCACAGAUGUUGUCUCCUUUCUACUUCGACAGGUGAUGAGACAUGAGAAUUCCAGUAUUUUGGAGCUGGACGGGAAAGAAGUCUCUGAAUUCACUCCGUCCAAACCUCGAGAAAAGUGGCUUCGCAAGAGAACUCACGUUAAAAUCAGAAACGUGACGGCAAACCACCGCGUGAACGACGCCGUGUUCACGGAGGACGGAGCGCAGAUGGUGAUGGGACGCUUCAUGUACGGUCCUCUGGACAUGGUCACCCUCACUGGAGAGAAGAUUGACAUCCACAUCAUGACCCAGCCUCCCUCUGGAGAGUGGGUGUACUUUAACACAGAGCUCACCAACAGCAGUGGGCGUGUCUCUUAUGUAAUCCCUGAAAACAAAAAACUGGGUGUCGGUGUGUAUCCUGUCAAAAUGGUCGUCAGGGGUGACCACACAUUUGCAGACAGCUAUCUAACUAUUUUACCACGGGGAACAGAGUUUGUUGUGUUCAGUAUUGACGGGUCGUUUGCUGCCAGUGUGUCGAUCAUGGGCAGUGACCCAAAGGUUCGAGCUGGAGCUGUAGAUGUGGUGAGAUACUGGCAGGACUUGGGCUAUUUGAUAGUGUAUGUCACGGGUCGCCCUGACAUGCAGAAACAGCGCGUGGUGGCCUGGCUCUCGCAACAUAACUUCCCUCAUGGCAUCGUCUCCUUCUGCGACGGGCUGGUUCACGACCCCCUCCGCCACAAGGCCAACUUCCUCAAACACCUCAUCAAUGAGGCCCACAUGAGGAUCUUCGCAGCCUACGGCUCCACCAAGGACAUCUCCGUGUACACGUCCAUCGGUCUGUCUCCGUUUCACAUCUACAUAGUGGGAAGACCCACAAAGAAAAUGCAGCACCAGUGUCAGUUCAUCUCGGAUGGCUACGCCUCCCACCUGUCCCAGCUGGAGUACAACCAGAGGUCUCGCCCCGCGAAGCCCGCCAGCAACCGCAUGGUCCUCCGGAAGGGCAGCUUUGGCCUGGGCGCAGCUGGAGGAGACUUCCUGCGCAAGCGCAACCACAUCUUUCGCAGCAUCCCGUCUCAGAAGCCCGCAGGAGCCGGGUCGGCAUCGCCCAACCCAACGGGCCGGCCCGAACGAACGCUGAGCCAGUGCGAGACAGAGCGCGAGCGAGUCAUCGCCACGGCGACCCAGAGAAGUAUGAGCCUAGCUGCGGGCUGCUGGGGCCGCAGCGGGAGCACCAAGGAGGGCAGUGGAGGGUUACUUGGGCCAAAAUAAUUAAAAGAAGGAGCUGCAGCGGUUGUAAAGGACUCGGCCUGAGCCACCAUGAUCUCUGGAUGAGUGAUGGCUGGAAUGAAGAGAGGAGUGGAAAUAGGAAGUCGAGAUAAAGGGGUUGUAGUCUAGAAAUGAAAGAUAGUUGAGGGAUAAAAACACACUUUUAUUAUUCUAUUAGAGAAUAGGAGGAGAGAUAUUUAGGGAUCUGUUCAGGAGGAGUGGACUAAUCAGGCCAAAUGGGACGCAGUGAACAAAAGACAGUUCUGUAGCAUGACUCUUUUACAGUAAUACUUUUUAUAGGAUACAUUUACUAUUAAAAAGUGACAAGGAAGGAUUUAGAGAAUUAUUGUAAGCCUUAAAGUUAUCUCGUAUAACGGGACGAGCCCGAACCCCCCCAACGUUUCUACACACACACACACACACCCACGCCCAAACAUUCCCCCUCAUGAGCUCAGGACAAACAGUUAGAGCCAGAUUCAUCUUCAAACAGUCAACAGUCUCGGGGGUUCGGGCCACGUGAAAAAAAAAGCCAAUGACUUUCACCUCGGUUUUUGUCCCACCUGUCGGCUACGUGACAUGUUUCACUCACACUCAGCAAUGACUGGCAAUAAGUACGACAACAAAGAGAGAGAGAGAAAGAGAGGCCUCACAGUGCAACAGAACAGUGUGAAGAAAAUGUCAAUCUUCAAGGAUCAGGUCUCCCAAAUUACAAAAGAUAUAAUUUUCAUCUUUUACCAUUUCUGGUAUUUAUUCAUGAAGCUAGUUUUGCUUUUAUUUGUCCAGAAUGUGCACAAGAAAUCAUUUUAGAAAUGGCAUUAUCUCAUCAGUCAAAUAAGCUCAAAAUCACUGUAAAACUCACAUUGGUCUCAUAAAUGUUCACAUUAGUGUAAGUCCCUCAAUGUUUUACACUCUGUAAACAAAGGGAGUGUAAUAUUAAGUGCUUUAAAAAAAUACACACAAUAAAAAUGCCACAAAACAAAAAGUGUCUGCACAGUGACAAAAGCUACAUUUAUUUUAUUUUAUUUUUUUAAAUUUGACAAAUUUGAAAAGUAUUUUGAUCAUUUAACAAAAAUGAUUUUAAUCUGAGCUAAAAAAAAGAGAAAAAAAGUUGAGUUGAGUGCAACCCCUCUACAUCAUGUCUUUAAACUUAAAGGUACAGUGUGCUGAAUUUAGCAACAUUGAUUAGUGAAGGUCCAUUUUGUGGAUGAAUUAUUCCUCACCUCAUCCUGUCCUAAGAGAAGUGUGUUGGAGAAACAGUGAAAGAUAGCAUUGUGGUUACUGUAUGGCGGUCUCCAUAGAGACGACACACCUCCUCAAAUAAAUAUAAAGGGCUCAGUUUGGAUUAAUGUACCUAAAUUGUGCACACUGCACCUUUAAAUGACAAACACAAUGGUUUAAAUGAUAAACCUUGAUAUUCAAACAAAUACAAUACAAGGUUGACAGUGACAUGAUUAUUAGGUUAUUUGAAUGAUGUGCAUUACUGACACACACACACAGUGAUAUUGGGUGUUUUUGUUCUAAUUUGGGUGAACUGAUCCUUUAAACAUGUGAAGAGCAAACGUAUCUUGUAGCAGAGAGGACUGUACUUGUUGUCUUAGUCACAGGUCUGUUGUGUUCAGUUCAUCUGUGGUGUGUUACUUUAUUAUUCUUCCCUCUCAGUGUGGCCUGUGGGCCACCCAAGGCCUUAACAUCCAACCGUACACUUACUUCACAGGUGGAACAAGAAGCAGAAAAACAGGGCAUGCAGCAUUUAAGCAACAACUGAAACUCUGUACAGUCCACAGCAACAAUCCCUUUAUACUAUUAUGUCCAUCUGCUUGCAAUACCUCUGAUCUACCUGUAGGUGGAGUUCUCUUUCCGCACAUUUGCUGCUGUUGCUCGUCGACAUUUGUGAGGCGUUUCCCAGCUUUCCGCUCUCUCUGCUCGCGUCACAUGCAACGGACCCGGUGUUUCUCGUUUCAUUUCAGACUGGACGCUCGGUGGGGGCGGAGCCAGGAUAUACCACUUUACACAGACCAAAUGGAGCGAAGAGUGUGGGCCACGACUGAUUCAGCGUGAAUGUUGAAAUGGCUGAGUUGAUGCUUUCAGUGGUGAGACAGCGAACGGUGUCGUCAAACAUCACUGUUUUUGUCGCUUCUGUCGACCGUUGAAGUGUUUUACAUUCAAACAGGAGAGUAUGGAGUAAGUAAAACCCAACAUGACAACGUGCACAAAAUAAUCAGAUUUUCAAAUCUGCCUUAAAGGUACAGUUGGCAGGAUAUUUUAUUUUAUUGAACAAUAAUUACACAAUAAUCACUACUUCUGCUCCACCUCUAGACUCUUUUUUUUUUACAGUGUUUGGUGGAAUGAUAGCUGCUCCCGCUCUGACAACAACUGCCUACGUCACAAAGAAAAAAAAAAGAAAAGAGUCUAAACCAGAGUUGGACAAUUAAGCACCUUUCAACAUCAGCUGACUUUUUCAGAGAAUUGCAAUCCUGCCUACUGCAGCUUUAAAAUAACAUCCACACACACACACAGUGAAGCUAGUUUUACUUACUCUACACUAUAGAGACACACAUUCACAAUUGACAGUUGUGUUUUGUGUAGAAAUGUAUUCCAGCGCAGACAUUUUUGUCUCAGUAGCUUCAGAUGAACUUUAUUGACAUUGACAUACAAAAAAAAUGACAGCAAGUAAAGUCUUUUUCAACUGUUUAUAGAAAUGGACGUUACAUCUACAUUCCCCCCUGAAAUAUUCAGCUUACGAUGUCUGUGCCCGAGAACAGUCAAAGGUUUAUUUAGUAUGAAAAUCAUAGUUGAACAGGCCAAAAAUAUACAGUCAUACAAACUCUAAAACUAUAGAUUUUUAAAGAAUUCUAAUAUUCCACAAUAGUAGAUUAAAUCAAUCAAGGUCCCAAAAUCAAUUCAAAUUGAAAGCUUGUUAACAAAAAAUGUGUCUUACUUUUACAACUGCCUGAGUGAUCCAAUGACACACAGAUCAAUUAC